UCGAACCCCCCUCCCAGGCCGCGCGGCGAGGGGCGGGGCACGCGCGCAGAUCGAUGGGCGAAGCUGGGGAGGAAUUUCAAUCCGAGAGCGAACUUAGAGCUUGAAGGACGGAGGCGAGGCGGCAGCGGUGGUGGCGGUGGCGGGUGCAGCCCCGGAACGCCGGCCGAGCCGGGCCGGGCAGCAGAGAGCACUUCAGGCAGAGGAGCCGGGAGAAGCCACCAGGACGCACAGGCCCAUGGGAAAGCAGGCCGUGGUCACCUCAGGACCGGGGAGGACGACGUGGGGUGGCGGGCAGUGAGGGAGCCGUCCUCCCUCCCAGCACUUGCGCCAUGCAGCUUGGGACAGGACACCUCGGACAGUACAGGCAGUGACCCAUCCCACCCCUAAGUCCCCUGGGGGGGCACUGCCCAGCCCUCCACCCUGUCCCCACAGGCAGAGUGUCCCGAGAUGGCUGGGCAUGGGUGGGCUGCACCGUGGGUGCUUGUGGCAGCCGCCACAUUACUGCACGCGGGCGGGCUGGCCCAAGGUGACUGCUGGCUGAUCGAGGGUGACAAGGGCUUCGUGUGGCUGGCCAUCUGCAGCCAGAACCAGCCGCCCUAUGAGGCCAUCCCCCAGCAGAUCAACAACACCAUCGUGGACCUGCGGCUUAACGAGAACCGCAUCCGCAGUGUGCAGUAUGCCUCCCUGAGCCGCUUUGGGAACCUCACAUACCUCAACCUCACCAAGAAUGAGAUAGGCUACAUCGAGGACGGGGCCUUCUCCGGCCAGUUCAACCUCCAGGUGCUGCAGCUGGGUUACAAUCGGCUGCGCAACCUUACGGAGGGCAUGCUGCGGGGCCUGAGCAAGCUUGAGUACCUGUACCUGCAAGCCAACCUCAUCGAGGUGGUGAUGGCCAGCGCCUUCUGGGAGUGUCCCAACAUCAUCAACAUAGAUCUCUCCAUGAACCGCAUCCAGCAGCUGGGCAGCGGCACCUUCGCCGGCCUGACCAAGCUCUCGGUGUGUGAAAUCUACAGCAACCCUUUCUACUGCUCCUGUGAGCUGCUGGGCUUCCUGCGCUGGCUGGCCGCCUUCACCAAUGCCACGCAGACCCACGACCGGGUACAGUGUGAGUCACCUCCAGUCUACGCCGGCUACUUCCUGCUGGGCCAGGGCCGCCAUGGCCACCAGCGUAGCAUCCUCAGCAAACUGCAGUCUGUGUGUACUGAGGACUCCUACACAGCCGAGGUGCUUGGUGCACCUCGCCCAGUGCCAGGCCGGUCACAGCCAGGACAUUCGCCGCCACCACCUCCCCCGGAGCCUAGCGACAUGCCCUGUGCCGAUGAUGAGUGCUUCUCUGGUGACGGCACUACACCGCUGGUGGUCCUCACUACCCUGGCCACUCAGAUGGAGGCCCGUCCCUCCAUGAAAGUCAAGCAGCUGACCCAAAACUCGGCCACCAUCAUGGUGCAGCUGCCGAGCCCGUUCAACCGCAUGUACACGCUGGAGCAGUACAACAACAGCAAAUCGUUCACCGUGUCCAAGCUGACCCAGCCUCAGGAGGAGAUCCGCCUCACCAACCUCUACACCCUCACCAACUACACAUACUGCGUGGUCUCCACCAGCUCUGGCACCCAUCACAACCACACCUGCCUUACCAUCUGCCUGCCCAAACCGCCCAGCCCACCUGGCCCCGUGCCCAGCCCCUCCACAGCCACCCACUACAUCAUGACCAUCCUGGGCUGCCUCUUCGGCAUGGUGCUGGUUCUGGGCGCCGUCUACUACUGCCUGCGCAAGCGGAGGCGGCAGGAGGAGAAACAUAAGAAGGCGGUGGCGGCAGCGGCUGGCAGCCUGAAAAAGACCAUCAUUGAACUUAAGUAUGGGCCUGAGAUUGAGGCGCCUGGGCUAGCCCCGCUGACCCAGGGCCCGCUGCUGGGUCCCGAGGCUGUGACUCGAAUACCCUACCUGCCAGCCACCACCAGUGAUGUGGAGCAGUACAAGCUGGUGGAGAGUAGCGAGACCCCUAAAGCCACCAAGGGGAACUACAUUGAAGUGCGCACAGGGGAGCCGCCAGAACGCAGAAGCUGCGAGCUGAGCCGGCCCGGCCAGGAAACCCAGCACUCAGUGACGGAGAUUUCCACCAUCGCCAAGGAAGUGGAUCGGGUCAACCAGAUCAUUAACAAUUGCAUCGACGCACUCAAGUCUGAGUCCACUUCCUUCCAGGGCGCCAAACCCGGGGCCGCGCCUGCCGCUGAGCCGCAGCUGGUACUGCUGUCCGAGCCUCUGGCUAGCAAGCACAGCUUCCUGUCCCCUGUAUACAAAGAUGCCUUUGGCCACGGUGGCCUGCAGCGGCACCACAGCGUGGAGGCUGCGCCCGGGCCCCCCAGGGCCAGCACUUCAUCCAGCGGUUCUGCACGUAGCCCUCGCUCCUUCCGGGCUGAGGCCACCGGCACACAUAAGGCCCCAGCCACUGAGACCAAGUACAUUGAAAAAAGCUCACCUGUGCCCGAGACCAUCCUCACUGUGACACCCGCGGCCACCGUGCUGCGGGCUGAGGCCGACAAGGGUCGCCAGUAUGGCGAGCAUCGGCACUCGUACCCCGGCUCCCACCCUGCUGAGCCACCUGCUCCACCACCACCUCCACCCACUCAUGAGGGGCUCGGUGGCCGCAAGGCAUCCAUCCUGGAGCCUCUGACCCGGCCACGACCCCGAGACCUCGUCUACUCGCAGCUGUCUCCGCAGUACCAUAACCUGAGCUAUUCCUCCAGCCCCGAGUACACCUGCAGGGCGUCCCCGAGCAUCUGGGAGCGCCUCAGACUGAGCCGUCGGAGGCACAAGGAUGACGCAGAGUUCAUGGCGGCUGGCCACGCCCUGCGCAAGAAGGUCCAGUUUGCCAAAGAUGAGGACCUGCAUGACAUCCUAGACUACUGGAAAGGUGUGUCCGCCCAGCACAAGUCCUGAAUCUCCCUCCAUCCCUCGGCAGGGCCCAAGGCAACCCGGCCCUGUCCUCUCCGAAACUCGUGAUGCUCAGUGGACCAAAAAGGAUAGACCAUCUGCAGCAGCUAGCCCUGACUGAGACUCAACACUAAGCCCAACAUACGUGCACAAAACAAGGGGCUGCGGGGCUCAGCGCCUGGCCUGCAGGGACAGCAUGAGGAGGCCGCAGGUGGCCGGGACAGUAGAUAGACUAACUUUCAUGUAAACUGUACUGUGCCUGCUGCCUGGUGCAAGCAAGCAAGCCACACACACACACACACACACACACACACAUACACACACGCACACACACACACACACGCA